AUGGUCACCGUUGCAGUCGCUGGAGGUGGUUCAGCCAUCGCCUCAAACAUCAUCAACGCUAUCUUGGCAUCCAAGAAGCAUCAACUAGUCGUCCUCUCUCGCUCCCCACGACCCGACCUUGAGACACAAGGCGCAGUCGUCAGAGUUGUGGACUACGACUCUCAUGAGCAGCUUAUCAAUGCCCUCGAAGGCGUUCACACUGUUCUCAGCUGUAUCUGGUCUUACGGUCCGGCCAUUGCCGCUUCGCAGCUUGCUCUGCUAGAGGCAGCCAAGGAAGCCCAAGUGAAGCGAUUUGUCCCAUCAGAAUGGGCAGUCCCUGCAUAUGAUAAAGUUGGCUAUUACAAGGUCAAAGAGAGCGUCUGGGAGGCGGUCAAGAAGUCCGGACUGGAGUACACGCGCUUCAUCAACGGUCUUUGGUUGAAUAUCUGGGCUGCAGAUGCGCCGCGGGAAGAGGAUAUUGGACGAUCUGGCUACCGUGGACCGCCGUUGAUCAUAGAUAUCAAGGCUGGUAAUGCCUCGAUUCCUGGAGAUGGCUCCAGCAAGGUAGCUUUCACAGACAUGAGGGACAUUGGCAAAUACGUCACCGCGGCCCUCGAUUUCGAGAAAUGGGACGAGGACAGUUUUAUUGUGGGAGAAAAGCUUUCAGUAAAUGAAUUUGUUGACAAAGUUGAGCGGGUUACCGGAAAGGCUCUUGAUAAGACUUACAUCUCUUUGGAGGACCUUGCUGUCUUGAUUGAGGAAAAGAAAGAUCCUCUGAUGACAAUGGUUCAUGAGUUUUUGAGACUUAUUGGCGAGGGAGAUAUGGACCUUACGGCAACGAUCAACCAGAAAGUUCCAGAGGUGAAGCCUAUUAAGGUUGAUGAGUUUUUGGCUAGACACUGGGGCACUGCAUAG